AUGCCGCCACCGUCAUCGCCGGCGAAAGCAGGGCCCGGGGUUGAGGCGGCAAGGGGCACGGCCACUGCGCCGGUGAAGGCCGAGGCUGGCGGGGACGGCGGCGCCCUCAUAAUCAACGUCAAGGUGCAGAGCCAGAUCGCGGAGGACGUCUUCUUCCACAUCAAGCGCAACGAGAAGCUGCGGCGGCUCAUGGACGAGCUAUUCCUUAAUAGCAGCGCUGAUGGUUCUCUUGCCAUGGACGCCAACACUUGCAUGAAUGAGGCUCAAGCUGAUGAAGAAAAUGAUUAUGAUGAUGAUUUAUGCAAUGACUUAACCAACUAUGCCCAAGCUGAGGAUGAUCUAGGUGAUGAUUCUGACACUUUACCUUCUCCUUUAAGUGGUAUGGCUAGCAUGGGAUCUCAAGUGGCUGAGCAAAGCUCAUCUAGCUCGGGAAUUAAACGUCCAAGAAGUGAAAGCAGGCCUCCCAAGAGAGAUGUGAGACCAAAGAGCCGGAUGUCCAAGGUAGGAGAUAUGAUCGCAACUACUUUGGUGGAUCUUCAAAAUGAAAUCAAGAAGCCAGCACCUCCUCCACCAAUUAUACGCAAUUCUGAUGAAAUAGUGUGGGAAAGACUUGAAAAGAUGACUCUAACCACUGGUCAAAAGGUUAUGAUAGGAGAAUAUCUAGCACACAAAAACCAAAAGGGGAUGCGUGGUUUCUUAUCAGCCGCAUCCGAGACAACAUUCGAGUCAUGGAUCUUCAAGUUCCUUAGUGACCAGGGGGUGUGA